CCUUGACAGCGUCUCGAACAACUCUCGAUUGCACAACCACAAUCAUGGGUCGCGGUCCAAAGAAGCAUCAAAAGCGGUUGUCCGCUCCAUCGCACUGGCUUUUGGACAAAUUGUCCGGUGCCUAUGCGCCAAAGGCCUCGCCAGGUCCUCACAAGCUUCGUGACUGCAUGCCUCUGAUCGUGUUCAUCCGCAACCGCCUCAAGUACGCCCUGAACGGCCGCGAGGUCAAGCAGAUCGUCAUGCAGCGCCUUAUCAAGGUUGACGGCAAGGUCCGCACCGAUCCAACUUUCCCCGCCGGUUUCCAGGACGUUAUUAGCAUCGAGAAGACCGGCGAGAACUUCCGUCUCGUCUAUGACACCAAGGGACGCUUCGCCGUACACAGAAUCACUGCCGAGGAGGCCGAGUACAAGCUCGGCAAGGUCCGUCGCGUGCAGCUGGGCAAAGGCGGCAUCCCCUUCCUUGUGACGCAUGAUGCACGAACGAUCCGUUACCCAGACCCUAAGAUUAAGGUCAACGACACCGUCAAGAUCGACCUCGCAACGGGGAAGAUCACUGACUUCAUCGAAUUCGACACCGGCGUCAUUGUUAUGGUGACGGGCGGUCGUAACCAGGGCCGUGUGGGUGUCAUCACUCAUCGCGAGCGUCACGAUGGUGGCUUCAACAUUGUGCACAUCAAGGAUGCUGUUGACAAUGAAUUUGCUACUCGUGAAAGCAACGUCUUUGUUAUCGGUCGUGAGAAGCCAUGGAUCAGCCUGCCCAAGGGCAAGGGUGUCAAGCUCUCUAUUGCCGAAGAACGUGACCGCCGCAGGGCUUACGCUGCUGCUCAGCACUAAAGCAUUGCUACCGGCGUCUCGGGGAAAAGUCUCAUCAAAAUGGGCGUGGAUUCAUCAGCAAGUCGGUGAUGCGACCUUGCAUUGUGUGCUGCUACGAGUUUUAGGAAUCAUGUCGAAGUUGCUUACUACAUAGAUUAGUAAGCCAAAGACAAUGAACGUUCAAGAUGACCCUUGUGCACCAAACCAAACCUUUCGAUUUUAUUGUUUACAUGAGCAUUUCUACUUUUUGGCCUUUUCCAAAAUUGCAUCCAAACACCCCCCUGACCCUUGAUCCUAGUCAUCUUCGAUGUCGUCAUCCUCAAGCACCAGGCUUUCCAUCUUAUCUUUCACAGCGUCAGACUUGCUGACAGGUUUCUGUAUAAUAAACAUCUUGCGCCUCACAGGACCAAUUUCUUCA